AUGAGUCGCAGCCCAGAAAGGAUCUCAUCCUAUCGCCGCCAUUUCGAGGAUGCCAGCACCUCCUCUUACCAGGUGAGAGUCAGCAGCCCUUCUCCCAUCAGACGGGAUGUCGGGAGGUGCCGUUCAGCCAGCUACACCCGUAAAGCCAGCGCUGUCAGCAGCAGCAUGGCAGUGGGCCGGAGGACCAUCUCAUCCUCAUGCAGUCAGCCCCUCAUGACCGGUGUCGGAAUGAGAGCCAUCUGUCUUAGCGGAGGGGGUCCAGGGGUCGAUCUCGACCAGGCUGCUGCAGAAAACCGUGAAUUCCUGAACACACGAACCAGUGAGAGACAAGAGAUGAUAUUGCUCAACGAUCGACUGGCAGCAUACAUAGAGAAGGUCCGAUCGCUGGAGCAGCAAAACAAGUUGUUGGAGACGGAAUCGAGGGCCCUAAAGAAUCGAUACUUAAAGCCCACCGGCCUCCGCCUGCUGUACGAGGAGCAACUCCAGGAGCUGAAGAGGCUGGCGGAGCAGAUGAGGAUACAGCGGGACCUCGCUAUCGCUGCAAAAGACGCUAUGGCGGGUCAGCUGGAGAUGAUUAAGGUGAAAUAUGAGGAGGCCGUAGAGAUGAGGAAGAAAGCCGAGCUUGAUAUUGAAGCCUUCCGUCCGGAUGUUGACGCCGCCACCGCCGCGCGCAUUGCUUUGGAGAAGCAGCUAGAAAACCUGGAGGUGGAACUAGAAUUCCUUCGAAGAGUACACAAGAGGUAAUUAACAAACAAAAUAAUUACAUUGUCCUUCGUAAAUAAAAAGCUAAAUCUUUUCGUUUUCAAAACUGCACGUUUUCAGGAAAUCGAAGAGCUUAUGAAACAGAUAUAUGCGGCCCACGCCACAGCAGCAGACGCCUACAGCCUCCCAGACCUCUCCAGCGCCAUCAAGCAGAUCCAGCUCCAGUAUGAUGAUAUUGCCGCGAAGAACUUACAGGAAAUGGACUCUUGGUACAAAAGCAAAUUUGAUGAUCUCAACAACAAAUCGUCAAAACAUGUUGACAAGGUGCGAAGCGUACGAGAGGAAAUUGUAACUGCGAAGAAGGAC